AUGUCUUCCAUUCUAUCCCUGGCUGAUAUCCCCACCGUGUCGCUUCUGUACCGCGCGAAGCAUCUCCUUCCUGUGUCCUCAAAAUUUACCCCAUCCCAGUCUCUCAAUAGCACCAUCUCCAUCAUCCGCAAUGACAUCACCAAGCUCCGAGUGGACUGCAUUGUGAACGCUGCUAACGAGUCUCUCCUCGGAGGUGGCGGCGUGGAUGGUGCAAUCCAUCGAGCCGCAGGUCCCAAGCUCGUUGAAGAAUGCUACCAUCUUGAGGGAUGUGAGACUGGCGAUGCAAAGAUCACCUCCGCCUACGAACUACCUUGUAAGCGUGUGAUUCACACAGUCGGCCCAAUCUACAGACAGGAAGAAUAUGCCGUCACGCUUCUUCGAUCCUGCUACCGACGCAGCCUGGAAUUGGCAGUCGAAAACGACAUGAAGAGCAUCGCCUUUGCCGCUAUUAGCACCGGAGUCUACGGCUAUCCCAGUCGAAAAGCCGCUGAAGAUGCUAUCAAAGAAGUGCGAGAUUUUCUCGUCGGGCCUGGUAUUGGAAAGCUGGAGCGUGUCAUUUUCUGCAACUUUGAGCAGAAGGAUGUGACCGCUUAUGAGGAAUUCAUUCCGCAGUAUUUUCCUCCUACGCAGGAGGACUUGGCUGAGAGCAGCGACGCUUGA